CAUCAACACCAUCUACACAACUACCAGACGAACUCCCCGGCAUUUUCCACGACGAAAGUCCGCCCCCGAGCCUCAAUUCCUCUGCCUCUGAAGUGAAGCUGCUAUCUGAGGAAAGAACUGUCACGUGGUCUUUCUUUAACGAUUCUGUCGUCAUCCUCAACCCCUCCGAAGCUCACACACCCACCAACCGAGACCUCCCACCAAGAUGAGCGCCGACGCAAUUCCCGACUUCCUGGCGGAGCAGCGCGACGAGGCCCCCGAGGAACUCCAGCACCUUGUUCUGGAGUUCGAGAACUACUGGGAGAGGAAACUCUGGCACCAGCUUACCGACGCCCUCGGCCAGUUCUUCAGUCACCCGGGCAGCAAGCCCCAGCGACUCUCCUUCUACAAGGUCUUCAUUCUCAAGUUUGCGGAUAAGAUCAACCAGCUUAAGCUUGUCGACCUGGCAUUGAAGGCUGCUACUGAAUGCUCUGAUGAUGAGGAGCGCCUCACAUUCCUCCAAGGAGUCGCGAAGAAGGUGGACAACGAGAACUCACAGGAUGCCCUUGUAUACGCUUCCGUCGCAGUUGCCAGAGUAAAGCUGGAUCUGGAGGAUAUGGACGGCGCUCGCAAGGACCUCGACACAGCCGAGAGAAUAUUGGACAGCUUCGACUCCGUCGAGACGAUUGUCCACGCAGCAUUCUAUGAUGCGAAUGCCAACUACUACCAGCGCAAGAUGGAGUUCGCAGCCUACUACCGCAACGCCCUUCUCUACCUCGCCUGCAUCGACAUCAACUCCCUCACACCCCAGGAGCGACACAGAAGAGCGCUGCACCUCAGCAUCGCCGCAUUAGUCUCCGACACCAUCUACAACUUUGGUGAGCUGCUGUUGCACCCUGUCCUCGACGCCCUCAAGGGCACACAGGACGAGUGGUUCCGCGACCUCCUCUUCGCCUUCAACCGCGGCGACCUCCAGGGCUUCGAAGCUCUCUCGGCUCGCAUGCGGGCCAAGCCGUUGCUCGCCGAGAACGCCGGCCACCUCCGCCAAAAGAUCUACCUCGCAUCCCUCACCGAGGCCGUCUUCCGCCGGCCGCCCCACGAUCGUGCCAUGUCCUUCGCCGAUAUCGCUCAGGAGACUAAGGUUCGCCCCAACGAAAUCGAGCACCUCAUCAUGAAGGCCCUCAGUCUGGGUCUGCUGCGCGGCAACAUUGACCAGGUCGACGAGGUGGCGCACAUCACUUGGGUCCAGCCCAAGGUGCUUGAUAUGAAGCAGAUUGGCAACAUGCGCCAGCGGCUGCUCGACUGGGACUCGCAAGUCAACCAGCUUGGUAACUGGAUCGAGACCGCUGGUGGCGACGUGUGGGCAGCUUAGUGGAUAGCAGAGGAUACCAGGUUUAUGGGCGGAAAGGAAAAUUAUGCCUGUAAUAAAGGUCUACAGUGGCAGGGGGAGGACCAAUGUACACCACUAGACUUAGAAGAGGAAUGGAAAUCGGCCU